AUGACCACCUCUACAUCGGACCCUGUGCCCAGCGACAGGCUGCGGCCGCUGUCCAGUGCCACCAAUCUCACCGACUUCACACAGUCGACUGUCGAGCCCGAGGAGGAGCUGCCCUCAGAUGGAGAAUAUGACGACCUCGAAGUACAAAGCCUCUCGCCGAGCAUGUACGAGAAUGAAAAGAAGUACGGUCGGACCUACCAUAGCUUUCACGCCGGAGCCUACCCAUUCCCCAACGACCAGCCAGAGAUAUACCGCUUGGACUGGCAGCAUGCCAUUAUAAAAUGUCUUCUGCAUAGAAGGAACUACUUCGCCCCGCUCAAGUCAAAGAAGCCAAAGAGAAUGCUGGAUAUUGGCUGUGGAACCGGAAUAUGGUGCUUUGAAAUGGCUGCCGAAUUUCCAAAGUGUCGGGUUGAAGGCAUUGACUUGACCCCGAUCCAACGAAAAAUAUCCUAUUCAAAUAUCGACUUCUAUUUGGAAGACAUCCUCAGUCCAUCAUGGUGGAGACCCAAAGAACCUGAAUCCUACAUGUACGAUUACAUCCACACACGCAUGUCCCUCGGCAUCUUCAACGACUUUCGAGAAAUUAUACAAAAGAGUUACAACAACCUGAGGCCCGGCGGGUGGAUGGAAUCACAGGAAAUGUACUCAAAACUCCAGUGUGCCGACGACAUGCCCGCCAACUACCCACUCAAAGAGUGGUCAGAACUAUCAGACAAGGCAGCACACAACCUUGGUCGGCCAUUACGCAUUGCAGACAAGCUGAAAAGGUGGUACAAAGAAGCUGGUUUCGUGGAUGUACACGAGGAGGUUUUUGCUAUACCCGUCAAUCAGUGGCCAAAGAGUGACCGCGAGAAAAUGCUUGGCAAGUAUUGUAGCUGGAACCUGAUGUUAGGCUUGCAGGGAUGGUCACUUGAAUACUUUGUCGAAGGGCUGGGCUAUACACCAGCCGAGGUCGAGGUCUACCUCGCGCAUGUGAGGAACUCAGUUGUCGACGAGAGCGUACAUGCCUUUUACAACUUCUACGUAGUAUGGGGUCGCAAACCCUACGACGACGAACCCGGUAGUACCACACCGAAACCGCACCACUGGCCGCAGCCUCCUGACGACGACGACAACGACGAUGAAUCCGUCCGUUGGUCAACACGAAAUUCCGAAGAUGCGUAA